AAACAAAGGCGUACAACUUUGUGUCUUGAUUCUGUUUUGGCAGUCACCCCUGGGAAACGGUCACGACGGCUGCCAUGCAGAAAUACCCAAAUCCCAUGAACCCCAGUGUGGUUGGAGUUGAUGUCCUGGACAGACACGUAGACCCUAGUGGGAAGUUGCACAGCCACAGACUCCUCAGUACUGAAUGGGGAAUACCCUCCAUUGUGAAAUCAAUCUCAUUCACAAACCUUGUGUCAGUAGAUGAGAGGCUUGUCUAUAAACCACACCCUCAUGAACCAGACAAAACCGUUUUGACACAAGAAGCAAUAAUAUCUGUAAAAGGUGUCAGUCUUAGCAGUUACCUAGAAGGGCUAAUGGCAAACACAAUUUCUUCCAAUGCUAAUAAAGGCCGUGAAGCAUUGGAAUGGGUAAUUAAUAGACUGAAUGCUGAAAUUGAAGAGUUCGCAGCUUCAGCAAGAGGAACCAUGAGGAAUUCAAUGGCAGCAGCAGCAUUUGUAGAGAAAUGAUAGUAAAUAUACCUGUAUUACUAACAAAGUUUAACAGUCUGAAGCUUCUCUCCAAACCUAAAUACAUGUAUCCUUUGUUAUUUAAAGGCAUACCUGUGUAUUAGGCAUGUUUCAAAUUUAAUUUGGAGAAAAGCUGAAUUCUUACUAAUGAGGCUGAUGCGCAAAGCCUAGUUAAUAUAUUGGUUCAGCUGGACCGAAUUUCAGUUACAGCUGAAGAAGUAAUUUUAAAGUAUAGUUCCUCUAUUUACAUGAACACUAACUUAUAAUGUUUUCAUAUAUGAAAUAGCCUCAUUUAGUGAUGAGGCUGCAUAUGGUGGAGGAGACUAGCAUGUUAGGUUAACUUCUGUGGAAUUUUUAUUUUUGUGUGACUUAUGGACUACCUCUUUUGGGACCAAGCCCAAAAUUCAGCAGAAUGGUUUGUUCCAGCAUUGUUCUGUUUGUUAAUUUUUGAUAGUUGUGUGAUACAACUUGGUUUAAAAGAAAGUUUAUUACUUGAUGCUUGAAAUACAAAAGAAUGUACAAAAUAUUUUUUGAUAAGCUUUUUAACUUGUUUGGCUAAACUAACAUGGUACUCAGAUUGUUUUUCAGUCAGUAUAGGUAAAAUGUACAAAAUGUCUCUUAUCUACUAAGACCUAAAUUCUAUUCCUAAAUGCAACAUUAAUGAGCUGGGCAUGCAGUAACUUAAAAUAAAAUUUUAUCUUAAAGUUCUGUAAUAAGUAUCUCUGUUUCUAAAAGCCCAUUGAAUAAAGGGGUGCAACAAGUAUAGAGCCUUAAAAUCUUGCAAGCUGCUAGGGCAUCUAAGAAUAGUAGGUGUUAACUUCAAAAUUGCAAAGAACCAUUUAGAGGACUAAAAAAAACUUUUGUGAAGUUGGCUAAAGCAAUACCUUAACAUAAGAGGAAGUAAUAUUAAAGAAUGUUAACGAUGUACACAUUAACUUGAUCAUGCCUCAAAAAUAACCUGUUACAUCAACUGAACAUUGUGUUGUCCUUUAAUUUAAAGUGUUCUAAGUUCCAGAAGUUCCUUUACCUUCUGAACUAAUUUGCUUACAAUACAAGGCUCUUCAAAUGAAAACCUUGAGAAUAAAAAGUUUUCUACAGUUUGUGUUUGUUUCUUGGUAUUUGCUGUAGAUUCUUGGUACUGCCACCAGUCAUUAGCUGUGGGCACUUAAAAGUUAGACCUUGACAUUCUUCCUUACACAGUAUACCAGUCUGCUGGUAGUCCUGUUGACUUCAGCAGGGGCUAUCUGUCCCAUGAGGCUCCUUCAGUGUGAAGGAAAAAUGGAAGGACACAGCCCUGAAUUAGCUGAUGCUUGUAUUUUGGUGCCAGAGGUUUUUCCUGGAAUUUUGAUUCUAAGCUUACCAGUAAUUUCAAGACUCUCUUUUAGCCAUUAAGAACUGUAAUGUCACCUGUCCCAGCAUAUUUUAUGUUGCAUGCUGUUUCUGUUAUAUCAGAAUUGCCUAUUGAACAGUGUCUGCUAUAUAGAGAACCAGAGCUUAUUUUAAGUGGUAAAGACACGGGAACACAUUCUUCUGUAAGAUUUGUGUAGGGGGAAGAAAACAGGUGUGUGUGUAUAUAUAUAUAAAAGACUUUUAAAAAUUUAACUAUGCUAAAUAUUUUUCUAAAAAGAAACAGUUUCAGACUACCUUACUAAAUUGAAAUCAUUGUUUGCCAUGCUUUUACAGGAGAUUAUUACAACUGAAAUAGCAUUUCAAUUUAAAAAGUGUAUGUGAAACUUCUGCAAAACUGUACCAUCAUUUCUGAUAAAAAUAUGCAAUGCUUGAAAGUCAUUUUAAGUGUUUGUUUAGCCAUUAGCAUCACUUGUUAUUUUUAAGUCAAUUUGUUCUUUUCCUAAUUUUUCUGCGCUAAGGACUGCACAUAUGAACUCAACUCACGGUUUGCCCUUGCACUGAAAAAAACUUACUGGUUAAUUUUUGCAAGCAUUCAAAAACUUCUUGAAAGAUCAUGAUUUUCUUCUAUUUUAUUUAUAUGCCUGCAUUCUCAUUCUGUCAAAGUAUGGCUUUCUGUAUGUGGCGCUUUUUAAAUAAAAUUUUAUCUGAGUUCUGGCUAGUUCCUGAAACUUUCUGAUCUAUUUGAUUUUUAUAACUACUAGGCGAGUAAUCUAAAAUG